AUGGGCGAAGUCCGAAGACAUUCUGAGUUCGUCGAGAACCCGGAAUGCGGCCGCCACCGGAAGCCGGAUCCGACCGACUUCAAGGCCGGCAUCCGAGCUGACUGCAGUUCCGACCCUCCAGCGGAGCGAGGUUGGCACGCCGAUCUCUGCUCGCCUUCGAGACGUCGCAUGCGAGAUAUCGAAACUCACGGGCGAAGAUGGCAGGAGAUGUCGCUGCUAGACAUCGAUUGGCGGUACAUCCUGAGGAUCUAUGACAUUCGGGGUUUCUGCUGCGGAAUCACGUCGAAACUUUUCCCGGAGCUCUGCUUCAUCCAAUCGUCCUAUCCAGCAGCUCUUUACCUUCCGGAUGAGACGUCACUGUUGUGUUGCCUGAAUUUCGGCCCCUCCAACACCCCUCCUCCGCAGCUCCGUACUGAGGGUGACUUCAACUUCGCUUUCGCAAUAGUGAAACUUGACGAUUUCCCUGGACCAGAUCCGGCCUCUUUGCUUCUCGCCGCCAGUCCAUUUCUUUUAUCAACCGAUCAAACCCGCGGCAAACAGUUCCUGCCUGUACGCCAGGAACAAAAGCCCGUCAUGCGCAUUACACUAAGCAUAACGAACCCCGAGGUCGAGGACCAGGAUCUCCUGACCCUCGAGAUCUUUCCCGAUAUGCCCAUGUCCACACUCCGCGAAGCCAUCCAAGCCGAGACCAACAUCGCACCCACCUCCCAACACCUCUACCACAACGGUCGCUUGAUCCAAGAUGACACUCAGACGAUGGAACAGUUGCAGAUUGCCGACGGCGAGAUGUUGGCGCUGCACGUGAGGGACAUGCAAGGAACCACUGGCUUGCCGGACCAGAGCAGAAGGGCACCGCAGCAGCGCCGGCGACCAGGAGGACAAGACCCAGAGCUCAUUCGCCUUCAGAUCCUGGGCGAUCCAAACUUACGUGCCGAAGCCACCCGCCAGCAGCCCCAGCUCGCCGCCGUUCUCGAUGAUCCCCAGAGAUUUGCCCAGCUUUUCAACCAGAGCUACGACCGUGAGCAGCGGGAACGCGAAGAGCGGCAGAGGCAGAUUGCCCGUCUGAACGAGGACCCCUUUGACAUCGAGGCUCAGCAGAAGAUUGAAGAGAUGAUUCGUCAAGAGAGAGUCAUGGAAAACCUCCAAAACGCCAUGGAGCACAACCCUGAAGUAUUCGGACGAGUGCACAUGCUGUAUGUCGAUGUCGAGGUGAACGGCCACAGAGUAAAGGCGUUGGUCGAUUCUGGAGCACAGGCAACCAUCAUGUCCCCUUCAUGUGCCGAAGCCUGCGGUAUCAUGAGACUCGUAGACAAGCGAUUUGCGGGUGUGGCUCGUGGUGUAGGCACAGCCAACAUCAUCGGACGCGUACACUCUGCCCAGAUCAAGGUCGGCACCAUGUUCCUGCCUUGCAGUUUCACAGUCAUGGAGGGCAAGCAGGUCGAGCUUCUCCUUGGCCUCGACAUGCUUAAGCGCUACCAAGCCAGCAUUGACUUGGCCAAAGACAAGCUGAUCAUUCAGGGCGAGGAGGUGUCGUUCUUGGGCGAAGCGGAGAUUCCCAAGGAGAGCGAGGAGGCUCUGGAGGAAGAACCCAGAUUGCCUGGCCCAGCUGGAACCACCAUUGGCCAGCGCUCCGGUGUUGUCAGUGGUCCUGAAGGCGCUGCUGCCGCCGCGCCGACGCAGCAAACCCUUCCACAAGGUCGGCCAGCACCUCAGCAGCAGCAGCAGCAGCAGCCAGCGGCGCCAACUUUCCCGGAAGAGCAUAUCAACCAGCUCAUGGCUCUGGGUUUCCCUCGUGAAGCCGCGAUCAACGCUUUGCAAGCUACAGGUGGCAAUGUCGAGUUCGCAGCCGGUCUCUUAUUCGGGGCAUAG